AUGGCGGCCUCGGCGCCCGCGAUGAAGACGCUCUCGCUCGAGCGGCCCCGGCUGGCGAGCGCUGCGCUCGGCGCUCCUCCUCCCGACCUGCGGAGCCGCCGGCCCUCCGCCGCCGUGCGCCGGCUCUCCGGGGGCCGCGCUUCGGCUCGGGCAUCGAUUGCUCCGGCCCGGACGCGGGCCCCGCCCCCUGGGGGCGUGGCCCCGGCUUCCCCCGCGGCCGCCAUUUCGGAGCCCCGGCUUCCCGAGCCGGGGGUGCCCCGCCGGGCGCGGAGGCCUGCGCGCCCCACCCCGUGGCCGCGCCGGCGCCGGGUCCGCGGGGCCCCUGGGCCUGGAUUCCCGGGGCGCUGCGGGGCCCCCCCCCCGACACCCGCACCCCACUUCGGAGGCCGGGUUCGGGGCGAGCAGGGCCGGAGCUGCCCGGAGAGGCCUCGGAGGAGGACCGGGGAGGGGGUGCAUGCAGUCGUUGGAGGCGCGGACCGCGCGGAGUCGGGUCACCCGGGGCGGGGGCGCAGGUCACGUGGGGACCCCCCCACCUCACCCGCGCGGGGCUCCCUGAAUCCGCGCCGAAACCCGAGGCGCGAACUCUCCUGUACGCUCGCUUACAUCCCAAUAAAAAUCCCUGUGGGAGAAAACAGUAAGUCCCUGCCAGCCGGGCCGAAGCGUGCGCCCUCCGGACGCCCACCGGGCCUCCCCACGCGUCACGCGACGCCACGCGCGCCCACACGCACCGCCGCGGACGAGCCCCGCAGACGAGGUCACAGUGAAUAUACCAACCAGAAUAAAGGCAGAAAGCACGUGGCAGCACCGUGGUCUCCAGGCUAACAGACCCUCUGCACGGGCCCCAGAGCUCCACAGACGAGGCAGAAGCAGCACAGUCAAGUCACCUGUCGCUGGAUGAGGGAGUUGCAAGCCCAUCCUGGUCAGAGGAACACGCACACACACACACACAGUCCCCACCUCAGCUACUGCAGCAGCCAUCUUCGAAAUGUACUGUCAGCCACACCCAAGAGUUACAUCUUCAAAUCCUUUAAUUAUCUUGUAAAGAACAUCCCAGAUUUGCAUUGUGCUUUCAGGUGUGGAUUGUGAACACAAAGGCAUUUGUUGAAUAGAAGCAUUUAAAACACAUCGUCAGUGGACUGGGGAUUUUGUUCAGUGACAGGGUCUCUGCUUGGUGUACAGGAGGGGGCCCUGCAUUUGAUCCUCAGCCCCACAAGGAAAGAAAGACAAAGACGGUAAAAUGCAUCAUCACAAUGGCAUAUUUACCUCUUAAAAUGUAUGCCAGCGCCAGGCGCU